AUGGCCUCGGCUCCAGCACGAGUCGUCAUCACGGGAGGCUGUGGCUUCCUCGGUCAGAUGCUAGCUCGGUCGCUGCUGCGCCGAGGCACACUCUGCACGCACACGGCUACCGGCGUGGAGGGCUCCGCUCCGAUCGGCGAGCUGGUGCUUGCCGAUGUCGCAUCGCCGCCGCGGCUGCUCUUCGAAGAGCUCGAGCAGCGGGCCGAAAUCGCAGUCGGUGACGUGUCGGACGCUGAGUUUUGCCGCUCUCUCGUCGGCCGUGGCGACGGACCGCUCUCCGUGUUUCACCUGGGCGCCGUGAUGUCGGGACAGGGCGAGGCCGACUUUGACCUGUGCGUCAACGUCAACUUGCAUGGCACCCUUCACAUGCUCGAGGCGGCGCGGCGCUGCGGCGCGCCUCGGCCGCGUUUUGUGAUGACUUCCGCCGGAGCGACGCUCGGCUCUGGCGCGCCAACCGACUGGGUGACCCAGGACGACGCGGUGAGCGACGCGACGCGGGCGACGCCGCACACUACCUACGGCAUGACCAAGGCGUGCGCGGAGCUUCUGCUCGCCGACUACUCGCGCCGCGGCUUUGUCGACGGCCGAGGCUGCCGGCUCCCUUCGGUAGUGUGCCGCGCCGGCGCGCCCAACGCAGCGACGACGAGUGUGUACUCGGCGGUGGUUCGCGAGACGCUCGCGGGCGUCGACACGAGCAGCCCGAUCGGCCCUGGCGUGGGCCACGCAGUCGUCGGCCACCGCCCCGCCGUCGACGCUCUGCUGACGAUGCACGAGGCGAGCGCCAUGGCGGUCGACGCGACGCUCGGCUUCGACCGCACGGUCUUCGUGCCGUCGAUCGCCGUGACUCUCGCCCAGCUGGACGCUGCGGUUCGCGCCGCGGUGCCGCCGCACGCGGCCAGCCUCCUCGGCCGCGUCACGUACGAUGUGGACGAGCGGCUCUCCGCCGCAGUCGGUUCGUUCCCGACCCGCGCGAUUGGCAUGUGGGGCGACGAGCUCACCGCCGCUGACCUCGUGCGCCACUACGCCGAGGACUUUCCGGACGCACUGGCGGAGGGGGUGACACUUCUGGGCACGGACAACUAG